AUGGUUGAUUUGCAUUUCAAGAGUUUAAGAGUUACUGAUAUAACUAUGAAUACUACUUAUGCUAAUACUAUUCACACUACUACUACUACUACUACUACUACUACUACUACUACUACUACUACUACUACUACUACUACUACUACUACUACUACUACUACUACUACUACUACUACUACUACUACUGUGGUGUGA